AUGGAUUUGAAUCAAUCAAUGGAAUUCGAUCUAGAAUCGGCUGAUCCAUCAGUACAGGUUGAAAAUGUUGUACCUAUGAACUCUUCAAUGUUGCCUUAUCAUCAAACAACCAAAGAGAUGAUAAGUUCAGAAACUCCUAUCUUAUUCUCGAAAGCUUGUGAGCUCUUCAUUCUGGAGCUCACUCUUCGUGCAUGGCUUCAAACCACUGAUUGUAAGCGUCGAACAUUGCAACGUUGUGAUAUUUCCAGAGCCAUCAGACAAGAGAACAUGCUUAAUUUCUUGAAUCGUGUAGUUCCUUGUGAUAAUCAGAAGGAGGAUGAAGUGGCCAAGUGCAUUGAAGAAAUGGAAUCUCUUCCUAACAUGCAAAUGCCGUUUCCUUUCUUGGACCUCAAUGGGGAAUUCAUGAUGGAUCAAAACAAUGAAGAUCCUCAGCAACUCAUGACUAAACCACCAAUUCCCUCUUCUGAUUUCACAUUCGGAUCUGCUUCAAAGGUGAAUGUGUUCAAGUUAUUUGAAACAAUUUCAUUGGGCAAAUUGAUGGAAAUCAAAGCUGAAAUCAAGCUAGCAGCCGGAAGCUAG